AUGGAGAGUUGGGAUAUUAGCAAUGUGGUAUCUCCUCAUUUAAGUGAUUUGUUAGAUGACGAAGAUCAAGAACUAGAAGAGAUUCGGAGAGAGCAAGAUGAGAAGGAACGGAUGGCUUUAUGUCAUAUAACAGGCAUAUUCUUGAUGACUUGUGCACAUGGAGCUGGAAAUCGAAUGAUACAAGAUAUCUUUCAACAUUCUGGAGAGACAGUUCAUAUACACUUUCAUAGUGUUUUAAAGGCCGUUUGUAAGCUUGCAAGAGAUAUCAUUAGACCACAUCCAAAUUAUAGUGAUGGUUGUGAUGCUCACACGCCAUGUAAACAAAGAUAUCCCCCUUUCUUUAAAGAUUGUAUUGGAGGAAUUGAUGGCACACAUAUUAAAGCUAGAUUACCGCAAGGUCAAGAGAUACCAUUUAUUGGACGUAAAGGUUAUCUGACUCAAAAUGUUCUCGUCGUUGUUGAUUUUAAUAUGUGUUUUACAUGUGCAUGGGCUAGGUGGGAAGGAGCAGGUCACGAUAGUCGUAUAUAUGGUGAGGCCCUUCAUAGACAAGAGCUCAACUUUCCACAUCCACGCGGAAACAAAUAUUAUCUAGUUCGUGCAGGAUAUUCACACAUGAAUGGAUACAUGGCUCCAUACAAAGGAAAUAAUGUGAGAUAUCACCUAGCUGAAUUUCGCCGCGGUGCAACUCGACAAUUGCGAGAGCCAAGAGGACGCAUUGAAAAAUUUAACUAUUUACAUUCUUCUUGUAGAAAUGUAAUAGAGCGCACAUUUGGCGUUUGGAAAGCGAGAUGGUCUAUUUUGAGAGACAUGCCUUACUAUCACAUUGACACACAAAGGGACAUCGUACUUGCUACUAUGGCCAUUCACAAUUAUAUUAGAAAGAAAUGCAAUGUGGAUGAUGCAUUCCAAACAGCCAAGAAUGAGAGCUAUAUUCCAUCGGUUGAUUCUAAUAUUGGCACAACUUCAAGAGCUAACAAUGUCGAAGAUGUAGGAGAACAAAAUGAUGUCUAUUGA